UAGUGUGCGCUAUUUCGUCAUUCGCAGCAGCAAUCGAUAAAAAAAAGAUGUAGAUAGUAUUUAAAAUGGGAUAUAAAAUACUCCAGUGUUCACAUUACGCACGAAGUCAGCUAAAUCGUGGAAUUGUAUGCGCCAACGGCCGAAUACCUGUUUACAAUGGAUCAAUUUUUACUGCACCUCUGGACAUUGUUGUUGCCAUUGCUAUUGAUAUCGGGUACGAUGGAGAGUGACAGUAGCUGCGCUCCAACCCCUUCCAUCCUCAAGGAAACUGUCGAGCGAUGCGAAAAGUCUCUCAGCGAAGAGGAUAGAGCCUUGAUCCGAGGUACGGAGCCGGAUGGUGGAAAACUCAAGGAUUUCUCGUUCUGUUUGUACACAGGGUACGGAUACUUUAAAAAUGGUUCUUUCGAUCUGGAGUACAUAAGGACAUUUUUGGAAAAUAGCACUCCGGAUAAAACUCUCGCAAAACGUGUGUACGAAGAGAGCGAAGGACACCUCAAAGGCGCUAAUGCCCUGCUGGGAGCUGAUCGAGACAAAACUUAUAGCUUUUGGCUUCGUAAUUUCGAUCAGGAGUCCCGGAAUCUAAGGGAACAAUUGUGGUGUUGAUUGUAAAAUAUAAUUGUGACAACUGCAUUAUUUACACCACAUGAGUGAUUCAAUUACUUAGAAAUAUAUCAUUUAAAAUAAACAGACUAAUAUAUAUCUAGA